GAUUGGCUGCCUCGCUGUUUGGAUGGUCCUCGCUCUCCGUACGGUGCGGGCGGCCUGAACCAUGAGGCGGGAGGCGAGGGGGGUGGCUGGCAGCUGAGCUCGAGGGGCCGUCAGAAGCACGACGCUGAAGCCGCGGGGGCGACUGCCUCGCGCUCUCGGUUAGGGGUUUCAAAUAAUUCCGCGGACGUUUCCGUUUAACGGAAGCCGCUGGGAAGAGGGAGUGGGAAGCCGAAGGCAAGCAUGGAGAGGCAGGAUCCGCGUGAAGCGUCGCUGAAGCGAAAGCGGCCUCGGUCAGGAAAGGGGUGGCAUAUGGCAGACGAAGAUGACAGCGAGGCUGCGGCCGCCGCGGAGGAAGCCCGGCGGGCUCGGCACUUGGCUCUUCUGGCGGAGAAACCGGCCGCGGACCGUGGCCUGGAGGAGCUGGUCUUCGGGGGUGUGGACGAAGGAGGCGACUUGCUGCGGCGUCUGCAGAGCCCUUCCGCCCAGAUUGAUGAUGUGGUCAGUGGCAGCCUUCUUGAACAAGAAUCUGAUGGUUCAGAAGCAGAAAGCGAAGAGGAAGAAACUUGUUCCUCCAGAAAGCCAGCCUGGAUAGAUGAGGAUGAUGAAACUGAAGAAAUAAUUGACAUGACACAUCGAUACCGAAAGAACAUGAUGAAAAGUGAUGCAGAAAAGAAAGUUACAAAAGAAAAACUUCAAAAACGACUUCAAGAACAAUUUCAGAGUGCUAUGGGAGCAACACCUUCUUGGGCACAGAGGAGCAGGAAAGAGAAAAAAACAAAAAAUGAAGAGGACAGUGACGAUGAAAGUGAUGAUGAUUUGUUACGCAAAACAGGCAAUUUUGUGACAGUGUCAGACUCUUUACCAAGAGGGACUUUGCAGAUGAAAAAUUGCUUGCAUGCCAAUAACGAGUGUUUGUCUGAUACAAAGCUGACAACUGUGCAGUUCCAUCCUUCUGCUCAAGUUGUUAUGACAGCUGGGAUUGAUCGGACGUUAUCACUGUUCCAGGUGGACGGUAUCACUAAUCCAAAGAUACAAAGCAUCUAUUUGGAGGACUUUCCAAUCUAUAAGGCUUGUUUCAGCUCAGAUGGAGAGCAGCUCAUAGCUACCAGUGUGCACAAUAAGCUUUUCUACAUAUAUGAUAUGAUGGGUGGAAAAAUUAUUCCUGUUAACCAUAUCAGAGGUUUAGAGGAGAAGAUUGUCAGAAGAUUUGAAGUCUCUCCAGAUGGGAAAUUCUUGCUUGUUAGUGGGUCAUCAGGCUAUCUGCAUUUGAUAACAAUGAAGACAAAAGAGUUUGUUGGAAGCAUGAAAAUAAAUGGGAAAAUAGCUGCAUCAUCUUUCACUCCAGAUGGCAGCAAAAUCUAUACACAUUCUGCUGAAGGUGAAGUCUUCAUAUGGGAUGUGAAAAGCAGGCGGUGUGUGAACAGGUUUACUGAUGAAGGUUGUCUGCAGGGUACUUCAAUUGCAGUCUCAAGAAACAGUCAGUAUGUAGCAUGUGGUUCUAGUUCUGGUGUUGUGAAUGUGUACACUCAGGAUGAUUGCAUCAGAGAAACGAGUCCUAAACCUCUUAAAGCUCUCAUGAAUUUGGUCACAUCAGCAACCUCAUUGUCGUUCAAUCCCACCACUGAAAUACUGGCAAUGGCUUCGAACAAAGUUGAUGAAGCAGUGAAAUUGGUUCAUAUGCCUUCACUUACCGUAUUCUCAAAUUUUCCUGUGUUCCAAAGAAAGCAAAUAUAUUUGGCCAACUCCAUGGAUUUCUCACCAAGAAGUGGAUAUUUUUCCAUAGCAAAUAACAAAGGAAAAGCCUUAUUAUUUAGGUUGAAGCACUAUACAGAUUUCUAAACUGCCUGCUAUAGACUGAGGUAAUUAUCAGCUGAGGUACUACGUCUGGAGAGUUGCUGGUCACAUAUCCUACAUUUUCCUUUUGUGAAAAGAACAAAUUCUUUCAGUUUACUGGAGUUUGGUUUGCAUAACAUUUUUUUUCAAUUUACUGGAGUUUGGCGUCAAUGACAAUGUGACAUUUUGAUCCUUAGUGAAAAUAGAAUGUCCCAUGUGUCUCUCUAUCUUGAGAAGGAGACUGAACAGCCUGGCGGUUGAACAGAGACAUCAAGUUGUCAUCUCAUAGGCAAAAAUAUUCCAAGUUUUUAAAAUGUCUUAUUAGCAAUUUUCAGUUGUAUUUUUGAUGUUGCUGUUAAUUUCAAAGGUGAGAAUUAUACAUGCUGCACAAUAGUUGUGCCUUGAAUAAAGUGAUCAAUUAGUGCAAUCAGAUUGUGCAAUGUUGGCUGCCACUAUGUUUUAAAACUAUUGCAUUUCCCAAAGCAUGAAUCAUGGUUCUUUUGUUUAUUUCCCUUCCCAAAGUGUGAAUCAUUUUGGGAAGGGCAAUAAGUAAGUGUAAUCAUGAGUAAGUGUACCCUGCAUAAGAGAGCUUAAAAAUAUAAUUUAUACUGACUUGAGUUAAUUUGUAUAACUUUUAUAGGCAAGAUGAAAUAUAAACCUACAUUGCUUUCACUAUCCAUUCAGUGUUGUUACCGUCGUAAAAUAUCUUACUGAUAUAACACUGUUCAUUAUAUGCUUAAGCAAUAAAAGUCUGUGUAGAAUGUAGUCUUUCAAAAAUAAAAUAUGUUGACUUCCUGUUUGUUUUUUCU